UUUUAUUAUUACGCCAUGUGAUUCGGUCCAUGAGUGAACAUAUAUUUUUUGUUGUCUUACGGUAUUUUUAUCUGCCCGAAUUGGAGUUUAGUGAUUAUCUGGUGUCACAUUGAAGAUGUCCAAUAAAGAGCUGGAGAAGCUACAGCAUCUGCUGCGAAAGGAAAUACAAACCCAUCAGAUACUUGUGACAAAGAUCAAGAGUGAACCUCAUAAUGUAGAACUGCGAAUGAAUCUGCAUGAUCAGCAAGCCAAGAUAACAGCUCUCAGUGAAAAGCAGAAAAAAGUCGUAGAACAACUCCGCUCAGACCUUGGUGUGAGGAAGCCCUCAGCACAGCAUGAAGCGGUGCAGAAGGUCACUCUACUGCAAACCAGCGCUCAACCCCUGACCACAUCUCAACAUUUGAACAUCCCUAGUCGAGUCAAGGCCAACAUGAUCGGUGGUACAACCACCAAGCUCCUUGUAGCCCCCACUACUACCCAUACCACCACCAUCACAACCACACCCAUAACCAGUGGGGGAGGGGGAGUGGUCGGUGGUGGAGGAGGAGGAGGAGGAGGCGGCGCUCAGCAUACCCCUUCCACGCCCACUCGUCUGUCGAUCCUAACCAAUAAACCUUCGGUUAUAAGUAUCAAGGUGCCUAAUAUUUCCGGUCGGCUGAACUCGCUGGUGGUGAAGAGACCUGUUUCGCAAAACCUGUCAAAGGAACUCGACUACAUGGCAAAGCAGUACAAGCGGCAAUUCCUGUCUACAAGGCCUAAAGACAACCCACUGCCUUCGUCGCUAUCAAGUUGUGUUGCCUCGCAAUCUACUUCUUCGUCAACGUUGCUGUCAUCUACCAUGACCUAUACUACAGCCUGCCUGAAGAAACCUUUAACUGCCGAAGAAAUGAAAUUGGAGUUCAUGGCAUCCAUUGGCCUGGUCACGCCGAAGACAGCGGAAACCUUACAGAGUAAGAGAUCGGAGAGGAAAAGAAGGAGUACGGCCAACCCCCAGUUCUCAAAGUUCGACAAGCAUGAGCUGGAGAGUCGGAGGUCUGCAACAACUUAUCUAGCUGCAGCAAAUGGAUGGUCGGGAGAGAAAAGGAGAAAAGCUGCUAGGCCUGCUAGAUUCGCUGAUGGUGUAGGUUCAGAAAAUGCCGGAAUAAAUGGUCUGCCAAAGCCAGACUCCGAUGGGCAUGAGGAUAUAUGUGCAGUCUGUAGGCAGAUCGGUGAGCUGCUGAUGUGCGAUACCUGUAACCUAGUCUACCAUCUGACCUGCCUGGACCCGCCCCUUGCCGCUGUACCCCCAGGAGCCUGGAGCUGCCCCGAAUGCAAGUUAAAGGGUAAAGACAAGCCAGAGAACUGGCAGGGCACCUUGGCUGUGGUUCAUGCCUUUCUCUCUCACAAACAGUCGAUGGAAGACGAGAAGAAGAAGCUCGGUCGCCGGGCGGCGGACCUCCGGAUGCAGAGAGUCCAGCUGGAAGAGAAGGCUAAACAUCUCAACGAUGCCAUUACGAAUCAAAGCAAAUCAAACGAAUCCUUGAUGACGUCCUUCCGCAAGACGGAAGCAACGAUCACCCAACUCAAAGACUUCCUCACAAGUUUUCAGGUCAAGGUGGAACCCAUGAUGGAAAGCCAAUAACACCAAUUGGAUCGAAAUAGAUUUGUAUGAUUUUUAUAUCGUUCUUUUCUAGUCAUAUAUAUAUAUAUAUAUAAGUCUGUCUCUUUUUUUUACAACUCAGAUCAGACACUAAUUUUGAGAUAGUAUGAGAGGCGUGCUUUUUUUUUAAUAUGUUGCAUUGAUGAAAUACUCUACAUGUAGGCCUGACAAAACCAUGGAAUAUUGUCCAGCUCCUCACCUAGGAUUGAAUUAAACGCAGCAAGGAAUAUCAUGUUGACAGUACCGUGCCUAUUUGAAAGUACUGACUAGUCUUGCCCACAUAUGCCCAUGUAACACCCACUGAAUAUGCAUUCUGUUGUAAUGAGUGUUGAGGUAUAAGGCUUGUUCAGAUGUUGUGCAGUAAACUGGUGCAAAAAAAGCCCUGCCCUACAGCUCAGUAAUCGGUGUGUUGAUUCACCAAUCGAAAACUAGAACAACACUCAAAUAUGUCUGUCA